AUGGAAACCAUCAACCUGACAGCUCCCAUGGUGCAUCUGGCUGUGGAAAGACCAGUCAGUGAGCUGAAGACCGAGAGCCAGUCAUACGUGGACCAACUACCAGUGGCUGAGAUUAUACACCAGAAACCGAAGCAGAGGGACUGGCACCCUCCGGACGGUUUCAUCCUAGGUCUGUGGACUCUCAUCCUCCUGGUCUUCUUCAAGACGUACGGCGUCAAGCACCUUAAGCACAUCUUCUAACCCCUGACCUUUUAAGCCUGACCUCUGACCCACUUCUGCUCCUUGUGCAGUUUUGCACAAGUUCACUUGGCUUCCUAGAUUUGAAAGAGGACUGGCGUAGGACUCAUGGUGAAUACUCUAAAGCGCAGGCUUUUAUCCAUCCAGUUAUUUUAAAUGCACGGGGAGGAGUGCACAACUGCACACUUCAGGAUAAAGGACAGACAGUUGGGACGCGGUGUUUGGCGAGCUCCCAAUCUUUCUCUGGAUUACGAGAAGACUACAAAGACAUUAUUAACAGGGAAAGAAUGACGCAGUCUUGUGUGGAAAUUGCCUUUCUAGUUAUUCUAUUUCUAUGGUUAUUAACAUUAUCGAAGGGGCACUCUGUGAUUGGUACAUCCAUUUUGUUAUUGUUUGAAGAACAGAUUGUCCCUUUUAACAUCAUUGUUUAUGUUUGAACUCUGAACUGUGUUGGAGAGAAUGUGGGGACACAACACUGACCUCCCCAAAGACACACAUUGUUGUGCCUUUCUGGACAUAAACAGUACUCUGUAACUACUGGUUACUACUGGUGUUUAUUAUCCUGGACAUGAACAGUACUCUGUAGCUACUGGUUACUACUGGUGUUUAUUAUCCUGGACAUAAACAGUACUCUGUAGCUACUGGUUACUACUGGUGUUUAUUAUCCUGGACAUAAACAGUACUCUGUAGCUACUGGUUACUACUGGUGUUUAUUAUCCUGGACAUAAACAGUACUCUGUAGCUACUGGUUACUACUGGUGUUUAUUAUCCUGGACAUAAACAGUACUCUGUAGCUACUGGUUACUACUGGUGUUUAUUAUCCUGGACAUAAACAGUACUCUGUAGCUACUGGUUACUACUGGUGUUUAUUAUCCUGGACAUAAACAGUACUCUGUAGCUACUGGUUACUACUGGUGUUUAUUAUCCUGGACAUAAACAGUACUCUGUAGCUACUGGUUACUACUGGUGUUUAUUAUCCUGGACAUAAACAGUACUCUGUAGCUACUGGUUACUACUGGUGUUUAUUAUCCUGGACAUAAACAGUACUCUGUAGCUACUGGUUACUACUGGUGUUUAUUAUCCUGGACAUAAACAUUACUCUGUAACUACUGGUGUUUAUUAUCCUGGACAUAAACAUUACUCUGUAACUACUGGUGUUUAUUAUCCUGGACAUAAACAUUACUCUGUAACUACUGGUUACUGCUGGUGUUUAUUAUCCUGGGCAUGAACAUUACUCUGUAACUGCUGGUGUUUAUAAUCCUGGACAUGAACAGUACUCUGUAACUACUGGUUACUACUAGUGUUUAUAAUCCUGGACAUGAACAGUACUCUGUAACUACUGGUUACUGCUAGUGUUUAUAAUCCUGGACAUAAACAGUACUCUGUAACUACUGGUUACUACUAGUGUUUAUAAUCCUGGACAUGAACAGUACUCUGUAACUACUGGUUACUACUAGUGUUUAUAAUCCUGGACAUGAACAGUACUCUGUAACUACUGGUUACUGCUAGUGUUUAUAAUCCUGGACAUAAACAUUACUCUGUAACUACUGGUUACUACUAGUGUUUAUAAUCCUGGACAUGAACAGUACUCUGUAACUACUGGUUACUACUAGUGUUUAUUAUCCUGGACAUAAACAUUACUCUGUAACUACUGGUUACUACUGGUGUUUAUUAUCCUGGACAUAAACAUUACUCUGUAACUACUGGUUACUACUGGUGUUUAUUAUCCUGGACAUAAACAGUACUCUGUAACUACUGGUUACUACUGGUGUUUAUUAUCCUGGACAUAAACAGUACUCUGUAACUACUGGUUACUACUGGUGUUUAUUAUCCUGGACAUAAACAUUACUCUGUAACUACUGGUUACUACUGGUGUUUAUUAUCCUGGACAUAAACAGUACUCUAACUACUGGUUACUACUGGUGUUUAUUAUCCUGGACAUAAACAUUACUCUGUAACUACUGGUUACUACUGGUGUUUAUUAUCCUGGACAUAAACAGUACUCUGUAACUACUGGUGUUUAUUAUCCUGGACAUGAACAGUACUCUGUAACUACUGGUGUUUAUUAUCCUGGACAUAAACAUUACUCUGUAGCUACUGGUUACUGCUAGUGUUUAUUAUCCUGGUCAUAAACAGUACUCUGUAGCUACUGGUUACUACUGGUGUUUAUUAUCCUGGACAUAAACAGUACUCUGUAGCUACUGGUUACUACUGGUGUUUAUUAUCCUGGACAUAAACAGUACUCUGUAGCUACUGGUUACUACUGGUGUUUAUUAUCCUGGACAUAAACAUUACUCUGUAACUACUGGUUACUACUGGUGUUUAUUAUCCUGGACAUAAACAGUACUCUGUAACUGCUGGUGUUUAUUAUCCUGGACAUGAACAGUACUCUAACUACUGGUUACUGCUGGUGUUUAUUAUCCUGGACAUAAACAUUACUCUGUAACUACUGAUUACUGCUGCUGUUUAUUCUAGAUUUAAUGUAUGGGAUCUGAAUGGUGAAUGUGUUUAGAGUUAAAACGCAACUAAAGAUAAAAGGAUGGAAGCAACAAUCCAAUGUUUAUGUUGUAUUUUUUUUUUUAUUGUUGCAUGGUUUAGAAUUAAAGAGGGAGAGCGGAAAAGGAAACUGAGAAUAAAAUAAAGGAGUUAAAAUAC